CCUCCGCCAACGCCCCUUAAAGGCGCCGCCGCAGCCGGGGAGCCCGGCGGCCGACUCGCGGUUCCGGCCCCCACCCGCAGUAUGGAGGCCGCCCAGGGGCGGCUCGGGCCGGAGCCGGACCUUUCGGUCGGAGCUGGCCACCAGGCCGCGACUUUCAGCGGCAGGCCGUCCCGAACGCCCUCGAAGCCGCCCUCGGUCCGGACGCUGUCCGGGGAGGAGGAGGCUGAGAGCGUUGGGGUCGCGAGCCGUCAUCCCCGAGCGUCCCCAAAGACUUCGAGCGGCAGCAUCGCCCAUGGGCAGGAGCUGGACUCUUGGGAGGACAAGCCGAGCUCCCGGGCGACGCCGUCAGGGGCCGGGGGGCGCCGGGGGGCGCCAGGUUCCGAGCACGCCCCGCCCCCGUCCUCCCGGGACCGGGAUCCCGAGCCCAGCGAGGAUCAGCCCUCCGCUCCGAGUGUCUGCCGUCGAGGGAGCCCCGGAGGCGUCGAGAUGAGUGUGGCGCUGCCUCGGCAAGAGGGUGAAGACGACGACGACGAUGACGACGACGAGGCGGCGGCGGGUAGGGCUGGCCGCUCGUUCCCCAGCCGCCUUCAGGACAGCCGCAGCCUGGACGGGCUGAGCGGGGCGUGCGGCGGAGGGGCGUCUUCAUCCAGUGGCGAGGCCGGCGCGGGCGGAGGACGGCGCGCCACCAUCUCCAGCCCCCUAGAGCUCGAGGGCACGGUGAGCCGCCACGGCGACCUUACUCACUUCGUGGCCAAUAACCUACAACUCAAGAUCCGCCUGAGUGGCGCCCCGCCACCCGCGCCCCCUGCCUCUGUGCGGCCCUGCCUGACGCCCGCAGCCACCCCCACCAUCCCUCCCAUCGACCCGGACGUGCUGCGGGAUCUGGAGCGGCUGAGUCGCGAGCUGGGCGGCAGGGUGGACCGUCUGCUCCGCGGGCUGGGUGGUGCGGUGCAGGAGCUGACGGCGUUGAGCGUGGGCUGUAUCCAGACCUACCGCGACGCGGUGGACUCCUUGGGUGAAGCCGUGGACAUGAGCAUCAAGGGCAUGUACACCUUGCUUGCGCGCUGCGAGGAGCUGGAACGGGCUUUGCAGCCGGUCCAGGGGCUGGCACGCCAAGUCCGAGACAUCCGACGCACGCUGGAGGUGUUGGAGGCCCUGUGCAAGUGACCUGUGUAUGCAGAGAGGAGAGGCCGUGCCUAACCUGGCCACACCAGGGUCCAGGAGGGUCCCUGGUGGAAACUGCCUGCUGAGGGGAGCCUGCGCCUGGGAGGGUCUUCCCCAAGCAUUUAGGAGGCCCGUGCCCAUCUAAGCCUAAGGAGUGUGAAUGGGGAAGGUGCGAGGAUUGUCCUGGUGGGAAGGGAUGUGGCUCUGCUUUGAUUCAGUUGGCCAUCUGUAGCUACCUUGUUCUUCCUGACUCUUCUCCCUAAGCUAGGACGCCGUCCAUGGGAAGACAGGCCCGUCGGUCUCCGCUGGAGGGUGGGGCAGACCCGACUGUGUGGUCAGAGGAGGACAGAGCAGGCCUCAGCUCCGCUGAGGCUGUCCGGUUCCAGUGGCCACACCGCAAGUGCCAGGGCUUUGGGAACUGGAGCGGUCCUUGACCACACACCGCGAGAGGGCCAGGGCGCACAUCUGCAUAACCUCCUGCUUCAUCCCUCUCUGUUCCUCUAAACUGCCGCGGGGUAGAGCUACCGGGAGGGAGCGAGGUGGUGGGGAGUGUCUCACUGCUCUCAGGUUCCGUACAGUUGUUACUGGUUUUGAAGCCCACCUGUUGUGGAGUAUUCUAAUCAAUUUUGGCUUUCCGAGAUUUUGUGGAAUUAAAGUGCUGCCGCUGCUGCUGCUGCUGCUGCUGCUGA